GCCCUCUUGAGAGAACGUCGAAUCUUUGUGGAGUCCCCAUGAUGCAGCUCGGGCAGGGAAGUGGAAAACAGAGUUGAUUUUAGGUUAGGACCAAAUCUGUGGCUUUUCCACCAGGCUAAUACUUUCAUACAUAUGCAGUUAAAGUAGCAGUAGCACAAUUAAUGGCAUGUUACCUGAUUUCCUUUUUUGAAGUUAGCUCGCGGUGAAUGGAGACGAGUCCCUAUUCAGUCAAAACAAAACAAACAAACCAAAUAUUUCACAGUCACUGAAACUCAGUAAUGGUAGGCGGUGUUUAAAUCCAAGUUAGGAGGGACUGUGGGCCGGGCUCGGUUCUAGGUGGAGUUUAUCAUGCGUAUAAAUGAUCUUUCUCUGCUUUGCUGCCGCCCCUGCAAACUCAUUCACACCUAAACGUCUCCACUUUGUUACGGCACGAAUCCUGCAUCCAGCCCCACCAUGUCUUUCAUCAGAGAGUUCAUGAUGCAGACGGUUUAUCUCGGCAUGCCAGAUGAGUCAGUAUUAAAGAACGAGGGGACAGUGAAGGGAGCACGCGACUUUAGCGCCAGUGGCGAUGCAGCAGUCAUGGACCAGGCAAUCAAGGCAAAAGGUGUUGACGAGAACACUAUUAUUGAAAUCCUGGUGAAGAGGAGCAAUGAGCAGAGGCAGAAGAUUAAAGAAGCGUACCAACAGGCCAAUGGAAAGCCUCUGGAGGCAGCACUGAAGAAGGCUUUGAAGGGAGAUUUGGAAGACGUGGUCAUGGCUCUGCUAAAAACACCAGCCCAGUAUGAUGCCCAGCUGCUGAAAAUGGCCAUGAAGGGCAUGGGGACUGAUGAGGACACCCUGGUUGAGAUUUUAGCAUCCCGAACCAAUACAGAGAUUCUGGAUAUAAAGAAGGCCUACAAAGAAGAUUACAAGAAGGACCUGGAGGAAGACAUCAGAUCUGACACCAGUGGCGAGUUCAGAACUGCACUCCUUACGCUCUGCAAGGCUAACCGCACUGAGGUAGUGUGUGAUCAGCUGAUUGACAGUGAUGCCAGGUCUCUGUAUGAGGCUGGUGAGGGCAGGAAAGGCAAAGACUGCUCCGUCUUUAUUGAAAUCCUCACCAGCAGGAGCGCCCCUCAUCUCCGUCAAGUGUUUGAGAGGUACUCAAAGUACAGCAAGGUGGAUGUGGCCAAAGCAAUUGACCUGGAGAUGAAGGGCGAUAUUGAGAAUUGCCUCACAGCAGUAGUCAAGUGUGCUGGGAGCAGGCCUGCUUUUUUUGCUGAGAAGCUCUACUUGGCCAUGAAGGGAUCCGGAACCCGCAAAAACAUUCUUACCCGUAUCAUGGUGAGCCGCUCCGAAAAAGACUUGAAACUAAUCAAGGAUGAGUACAAGAAGAAAUACGGCAAAACACUGUACCAAGAUAUUCUGGAUGACACUAAAGGAGACUAUGAGAAGAUUCUGCUGGCUCUGUGUGGGAGUGAGAACUGAUUUCUCAUCUGACUAUGAGCUCACAUACAGCCGAUAAGGUCAUGUAACUGAAGAAUUGCGUCCAAUGCCCAGCUGUGUCAAAUACGUAACCUACUGCCAUGAUAAGUAGUCGAUAAUAACAGCAAAGAGCAAAGACUAACACCAAUUUAGCAUUGCUUCAGCACAUUUUCUUUGAAUUUCAUUUUAAAUCCAAAACACUGUUACCUCACCAUACAUUUAUUUGAUUUAGCCAUCAGACGGACAUGCAGAUUGUGUUGUUUCGGUGGAGUGACAUAAUUGGUGCAACUGGUGCUUGUAACCGAAGGAGCUUUGACAUCCUGCAAAUAAAAGCUUUUUUUCUA